AUGGGACCCCUGAGGGGAGUAAGGGUGGAGAGCGCCCCGCUGCCCUCCAGCCCCCGCCGCCCUCCGGCGGCCAGCAGCCGCUCGAUCACGGGACCAAUCAUUGAAAACAAAUACUUAUCUGACUUACUUCUGGCUCUUACCUGGCUCAUAGAAACAGCUGGACAGCCAGAGAACAAGAUCCCAGUAUUUGCAAAUAAAAAGAAACUUAUCCAAGUUGAUUGUAAUUGGCAAACUCAACAGGAUAUUUCCUCUUUUGUUUACAGACUUGAUAUUUGCAAGUUCCCUGCCUUGACAGCAGUCACCAUGGAUAGUGUGUUCUUAACAGAGGACAAAGCCAACUCUGUGUUAAAAAGAUACCCAAGAGCCAACACGUUUCUGGAAGAAAUAAAGCAAGGUGACAUAGAACAUGAAUGCAGAGAAGAAAUCUGCAGCUAUGAAGAAGCAAGGGAAGCGUUUGAAAAUGAGGAAAAAACGAAGGAGUUCUGGAAAGUCUACAAAAACGGACUCCAGGGAGAAAGUAACACAGGACAUAGCUGGUAUUCAUUUUACCUUGCAUUUCCAUUAAUCAUUGGCCUUUUUGUUAUCCUCAUUGUCAUUUUUGUCAUCUGGAGAUGCCUGUUUAAAAAGAAAAUGCGUAGGCAGUCGGUGUACGUGCACCGGGGAGCCCACGGAGCGCUGGGCGAUGGUGCUGAUGGCAGAGGGCCCCUCCCGCCGCCUCUCAGCAUUGUUCAUUCCCCACAGGAGGAAAUGUAUGAAGUCAGUGGGCUCUCUCCAGGAGGUCUGAGCUAUUCGGACGCACGGUCAGACUCAAUAUCCACAAGGCUCUCAAACUGUGAUCCUCCUCCUUCCUAUGAGGAAGCCACUGGGGAAAUCAGUGUGAGAAGAAGUGAAACUGAACAACAUUUAGAUCCACCCCCACAAUACGAAGACAUUGUGAAUUCCAGUUCAGCCAGUGCCAUUGCACUAACCCCCAUUGUCACCAGUACUAAGUAA